AUGGCUUCCGCCGUCCCCGACGCCCGCCGGCCCAUAAUGGGCGUGUCGACCAAGAUGUACUUUACCCUCGCACGCACCCGCAGCUACGUCGACGAGCUGCUGACACUGCUUGCUGCGGACGAGAACAAGGCCAUUGUCGACACGAUGGACGUCUUUGUCUGCCCAGACGCCAUUGCGCUGCCGUCGGUCGUCGAGCAGGUCCGUGCCUCCAGCGUCCCCCUGCUGCCGGGCGCCCAGGACUGCGCCGACGAAGACUACGGCGCCUUCACCGGGUUCGUGUCGCCGGCCGUGCUGGCCGACUGCGGUGCUCGCUUGGUCGAAGUCGGCCAUGCCGAGCGCCGCCGGCUGCUGGGCGAGACGGACGCCACGACCGCCGCAAAGGCCCGGGCGGCGGCGCGCAACGGGCUGGUCCCGCUGGUGUGCGUGGGCGAGCUGACGCGGGCCGACGGCGAGGUGGAGGCGUCGGCCGCCGUGGCUGCGGCGACGGUCAUCGCUCAGAUCGCGCCGGUCCUCGACAGCGUGCCCGACGACGCCGAGGUGCUGCUGGCCUACGAGCCCGUGUGGGCCAUUGGCGCUGCCCAGCCGGCGAGCGCCGCGUAUGUGCGCGCCGUCGUGUCGGCCAUCCGCGACCACAGCCCGGCCAUCCGGCGGCGCGGUGCAGCACGGACGCGCAUCUUGUACGGCGGCAGUGCCGGGCCCGGGUUGUUUGCACAGCUGGGCGGGACCGUGGACGGGCUGUUUCUGGGGCGGUUCGGGCAUGACCCAAAACAGGUUCUGAAAACGGCACACGAGAUUGCAGGGACAAAAUGA